AUGGUCCUCAAGCUCUAUGGGUCGGCCAUGGCCACCUCGCGCGUGCUGGUCACGAUUCUCGAGAAGGAGUUGCCCUACGAGCUUAUUCUUGUUGACAUUGCAAAGGGAGAGCAAAAGAGAGAGGACUACAAGAAGCUUCAGCCUUUUGGAAAGGUCCCGGCCCUGGACGAUGACGGCUUUGUGAUCUUCGAGAGCCGAGCUAUCUGCAAGUAUCUAGCUAGGAAGUACCCCUCCGGAAAGAGCCUCAUCCCAGAAGGUGAUGAUAAGGCCUACGGCCUCUUCGAACAAGCUUGUUCCAUGGAGCAAAGCUAUUUCGCGGCGGCGGCCGAGACCAUUGGCACCGAGCUUAUAAUCAAACCAAUGAAAGGACUGGGGGCCCCUGAUGAAUCAAGGGUCAAGCAAGCGGAAAAGGAUCUUGAUGACGUGUUGGCUGUGUACGAUAGCAUUUUGUCGAAACAGAACUACCUUGUCGGAGAUGAACUGACAUUGGCUGAUUUAUUUCACUUACCCAACGGAGCAGCGUUGAUGGCAGGUAAGUGGAAAGAAGUGUUUGAGAAGUACCCAAACGUGAAUAAGUGGUUCAGCGGAUUACAGAGGAGGGAGACUUGGGUAAGAGCAGCGGCGGAGGCGGGGACGAUACCUUAA